CGUGAUUGCAAAACUACACCAAAUCGGUACCCUUAUUUGCCAUCUGGUUCGGGACAUCGAUCGAUCCUCUGCGGUCAAUGUUGAUGGAAAUAGUUCCAUCACGGGUUGAAAAAAGAGCAGAAAAAAACCUUCACCCGCAAGGACGUUGCUAAAUCAGGAAACUACAUUCGUGGCUGUGUGGGUGAGCCGUGGUGAAAACACAACCCAAGGGUUGGCCACCACAGUUCGAGGCCACGGUUUGUUCGUAGAAUAAAUCAAUCAACUACGCGUGUCCCCUGACCAGUACACUGGACAACCGGACGGAACGAGUGUGCCCUUGGAGUGCGGAAGGUGCCGGCGAUGCAGAGCCUGCUGCGGGACUGAAAUCGUCGCAUUUCCAAUACUGAGGCUGAACCGCAACGUUGGACAAUGACGCGAAUACGGACGGAUUCGAUCGGAUUGCGGUCGGGCGGCGUCAGUGAACCCACCGCCAGCACCGGUUCAUCGUACGAAGGGCUGGUGACACCGUCGCCAGAAGCGACCGAAACGGCGGUGGUGAUGGAAAGUUCCAUCAUGGACACGGGACUGCCGAAUGAUGCGGGCGAGAUGGUGGUGGCCGUAGAGGACGUGGUUUCUUCGAUCCACCAAUCGGCGGUCGCCCUAAUGAACGGAGUGGCAAACGCGGGCAUCAAUAACAACAACAACAACAACACAGAGGGUGAUAAGCGCACCGAUAAGAGUGCAAAGCGUGACCAGCGCUCCCAGAUUAUUGAUGAUUUUGCCAGCAACGAUGACGACGGCCACGGGGCCGACGAAGAGCAGCGGCGAGCAGUAACUGCGAUUCACGCUCAUGAUAGUGCCGUUGAAAUGCGGUGCUACGCAGCCGCGGCUAGUGGUGGCGGCAAUGUCGAUAACGAGCAACACAGCAUCGGUAUGCUGGUCGACGGGGUAACGGUCGGGGCGACCGAAAUUGCGAUCGAAAGUAUCUCCGAGACGGUGGUCGACGAAGCGCAGCACACGGAAACGAUCAUUGGGGAGGAAGAAGUGCCAGAUGUUCCGUUCCAGGACUCCACGAAGCAACAACAGGAAUGUAUUGGACAGGAUGAUGAUGGAGAUGAUGAUGAAGACGAUGACGAGGACACUGACGGUGAGGAUAAAUCGCUACAAAUGAUGCAAACGGACGAAGAUCCGUUACUGCAGGAAACGUUUAACGCGCUCAUCAACGGAACAGGCGGGAUCGAGGUGGUCGAUACGAGCGAGCGGAUUUCGCCAUCAGCAGAACAGAGCAUCUCGGGCGGUGCUGGUGAGGAUCCUAUCGCUGCUGCCGGUGACGGUGGCCCUGGCGAGGAGCUGGCGGAGUCGGAUCGGAACUAUGAGUGCACCUACUGUGGGAAGCUCUUCACGCGCUCCAAUACCCUGGCGUAUCACUUGAAGGUUCACACCGGGGAACGACCCUUCAAGUGCAAGCAUUGCGCGAAAGCGUUCCGCGAGCACUACCGAUUGGUGAAGCACCUCAAGACGCACGCCAAGCACGGCGGUUGCCGAGAACGUGACCGCUACCGGUUGGAGCGUCGUGAAGAGCGAGUCCGAACGGCACUGCAAGCGUCGAAUCGGUUGGUCUCGUCGGUGUCCGUGAAGACAACGGCGGGUGCCGCUGCCGGUUCGCCCGAGGAGGACUAUACCACGGGCGACAGUGAGCGGUUCUUCAAGACGUACGAGCUGCCCGACGGACCGGAGGCAAUGAAGCUGGAGCCCGACAUUUCGCUUACGGUCGAGGGAGUGUCCGAAGGAGCGGUAGCGUCGAUGGCAGAUGUGCCAAUGCUGGAGGAAACGGUGGAACGAUGUGAGGAGGAGGAGAUCAGUGCCGCUGACGAAGCCACAACGCCACUGCUGGCGGGCGAGGGAACGACCGACGUUCGGUAUCAGAUCAUCGAAGAGCGCAUCAAGUCGUUGCAGCGCGAGGUGCAUCUGGUCAACCAGAACCUCAACCGUGUCGAGUCCAAGGUCGACGGGUUGACGCGUAUGAUCUCGCUCUUUAUUGGCAAGUUUGAAGAAGAUCCAGCAGCACUCGGUGAUGCCUCGUCAGGGGCUGCGAUAGUUGGGGGCCAGACUGUGACCGUCGAAUCGCCACUUGCGCCGUCUUCAGCAGCAACCAUUCCACAUUCCCCGGCACCACCAUCCCCUGCACCAGCAGUUACAGUGCAGGCGAAGACCACGGUACUUUUGGCCAGCACCAACCACCAAAACGUCCAUCAUCAUCAUCAGCAGCACCAUCUGGCAGUUAGCAGCGCACAGCACCCGAUGGUUUACGGUGCGGGAACUGUGCUCUCAACGAUAAGCCCACUUCCGACCGCAGUGACACAACCGUCACAACCUCAGACACUGGUUCCGGAACGUGAAAGUCGCAGCAGCAACGUUCACAGCAACAACCCGGCCCAGUUCUAUCACUUUGGCACUGCUGAGCAGUUCCACCCGAAAGGACAGCUGGCAACUGUUACGGUGAAGGCAGAUCGCUCACUAACGCCCGCUCCCGCCCAGCAGACACAGCUCGCUCUCGGAGGUGGUGGCAAUCAGCUGCUCGAUACAUUCCCGGACGUGCCGGAACUACCGAUUCGGACCGUUGGCGAUUUUCUCGAUCUCAACGAUCACUGCACCGACAACGAGCAAUUCCUUCUCCAGAUGAUGAUUCGCUUGCACUCGGAAAUACACAACUCGCAGCCAUUCCAGCGCAACAUCAAACGGAUGAUGGAAGCCCUCGUCACGUACGAGGUCCUGUGUCAGUUCAGCUGGAGCGGUAAAUCGGCCAUCAACGGACAGUACACCAAGUACGUGUUUGGCAACAGUCUCGGCAUUAUCGAUCUGCUGACGAAAACGCUCAACCUCGGCAAGAGCGCCAAGGAAGCGGAAGCGAACCAGAAGCCCAUCUUUGCGGCCAUUCAGAGCUUUAUCAAACACUCGCGCCAGAACAUGAUCCGCGAUAGUCGCAAGCGGCGUGAUCCGGUACGGAGCAGUUUGGUCGGUGCCGCAAUGGCAACCGCCAGUGCCGUGGCGGACAGUACGACGCCAACGGGAAGCUAUCUGGUGGGCCCGUCGCAGCCAGGAGACUGUCCUCCGGAUCGGAAUCUGCUUAUCAAGCAGAUCAAAACGGAGUACCAACAUCAUUCGCAUCCGGAAGAGUUGGUUAAUCCGUUCUAGAGGGAUACGCAAGCCCCUCCUGUGGCAUCCGUGGGGCCAUACAUUAAAGCUGUCCCUUGUAAAUAGCUACUACCCCAACCAACACGUAUUUAAUGUUGAUAAAAUUUUGAACAAAACUCUAAAAUCUUGUAAGGGUAUCCCGUUGUAGCUAAGAAAAUACUUCCUUCAAGGGAGACCUAUUGUUUUUAUAUAGUUAGUUUAAUGUUUUUAUUUUCCCACUUCAUACUAUAAUGCUUAAAACUGUAGCUCUCGAUCUACAAUGUAUUUGCUAUCCCUCGCGCGCAUCGCUCGGGAACACCUAACGGAAUAUACAAGAUUGUUUCGAUUGUUGCUCCAGUUUGGGGACCGUUUCUUUGUGCGGUGAAGAUCAGCUACGCGAUCAUUGGCUGCUUGAUCAUUACUUAGGGCGAAUCCUGCUAACGGGUGUGUUUUGAGGGACAAAGAUAGCUUCAACUCCGCUGAAUUUAAAGCAUGAAACAUAAAUUAGUGCAAAGUGAAAAGAGAUAGAGAGAAAUAAAGAUAGAGAAAGAGAGAG